AUGAGGCCGGUUCCCGAGGGGCCUGUGGCUGUGCAAAUGUUCUUCUCGGACUCUUCUACCUUACUCAGGUCUGUGAAUGAUGAAAACCUUCGUGCCCAAUGGCCGCCGUCACUGCUCGAUCCCUCAUCAGCAAGCAAUCAACUUGCACGUGUUCACUUCGAAAAACAUCCGCCAAGCAAUCUUCGUAAAUCCAACUUUUUCCAUUUCGUCAUUGCUCUGUAUGACCGUGCAAACCAACCAAUUGAAAUCGAGCGCACACAAUUUGCCGGAUUUGUCGAAAAAGAAAAAGAAGUUGACGGGCAGGAGACGAGAAACGGAAUUCACUAUAUUCUAACGCUUAUCUUCCAAAAUGGUGCACGUGCUGAGCAGGAUGUCUACGUGCGGCUCAUCGACAGCGUUUCAAAGCAGGCGAUCACCUAUGAAGGACAGGAUAAAAAUCCAGAGAUGUGCAGAGUACUCUUGACACAUGAAGUAAUGUGCAGCCGCUGUUGUGAUAAGAAAAGUUGCGGAAAUCGAAAUGAGACUCCCAGUGAUCCGGUCAUCAUCGAUAGAUUCUUCCUGAAAUUCUUCUUGAAAUGCAAUCAAAAUUGUUUGAAGAAUGCUGGAAACCCGAGAGACAUGCGUCGAUUUCAGGUGGUUCUCAGUUUGACUGCUCGCGUUGAUGGUCCACUUCUCGCAGUUUCCGACAACAUGUUUGUGCACAACAAUUCCAAGCACGGUCGCCGUUCCAAGAGACCUGAUGCAUCGGAAGAUUCCGAGUUUUCAUCAGAGGUUCAAGAAAUGCCAACUGGUAACUCGCCAGUUAUCAAAGCACUCUGCCCAAGUGAGGGAUGGGUUCAAGGAGGAACCCAAGUUGUUAUUAUUGGCGAGAAUUUCUUUGACGGCAUUCAAGUCAUGUUUGGUACUUCCGCGGUGUGGAAUGAUUCGAUUCAUCUCAUCUCACCGCAUGCGAUGAGAGUCACAAGCCCGCCACGUCACAACGCUGGAGUUGUCGAAGUCACUCUUCAAUACAAAGGAAAAACAUUCAGUCGUCCAACACCAGUCAGAUUUGCUUAUAUAUCUUUGAGUGAACCGAGCAUUGACUUUGGAUUUGCACGUCUUCAAAAAUUGCUUCCAAAGUAUCCGGGAGACCCGGAUAGACUUUCCAAGGAUAUGAUAUUGAAGAGAGCUGCUGAACUUGCCGAGGCUUUGUACAAUCGAGCACCAACUGACCAACUAUCUCAUUACGCAAAUGCUUAUACCGCUCAAUUUGACGCAGCCACUGACUAUUCUAAUCGCUCGCAUACCUCUCCCCGUCAAACAUUGUCGUAUGGCACCAACAGCCAAACACUCUCCACAGCAGUCUAUCCUUCUAAUUAUCCGACAGUGACGGCAAGUCCAGCAGCAAACUUCUUAAAUGCACAAACUGGAUUCGCCUCAUUCGGAUCAGUAAACCCAUUCGCGGCUACCCUUCAAUCCUCAACUCGUCUAAGCUAA